GUGCCGGAUGUUCUUCGGUGAGGCAGGUAGCACUAGCACAGACCAGAGAACGGUUGCUGAUUUGCCCUGUAACAACAAUCGUCUGAGCUUGUUGAGCUCGUAACAAAAAUCAACGAACACCGAAUGGGCGCUUCAGAAUCGGCACUCUCUAGAUCACAGGCAUUCGGUGAUGAGAUCACUACCGUCUCCGAGCGCACGGAAGUGGUUGAUCCAAUCUUAGAAAGGCUCAAAUCCCUGAAAAUGACAACGCCUAUAUUAACGUCACCACCAUCAGCAGAGGGCAGUUUGACUGAUAUUCUGGUGAGGAAACCUUCGGCUUCUUCUGCUCCUGCCACUGUGAAUCCAAAGAUACUACUUGAGCUAUUUUCAAUGUACCGAGCUUGGCAGGAAGAGAAGACCCAGAAGAUUACCAAGAAACAGGAAGAGUUAGAAAACAAGAUAGAAGUUGCAGAUGCUUUGGCAGUUAAACUUCAUCAGCGUCUAAAUUACUCAGUCUCGUCUAUGAGGAUGACUUCACAACAUCUAUCAGAAGUUCAUGGAUUGCAGGUGGAGAUAGGCGAGCUUAAAGGGAGGUUAACCGAAGUUAUCAGUAACUGUGAUGCAUUGUGCAAGAGGAUUGCUGUAGAGGGGCCAGAAUCUCUCAGGUCAUCUAUCAAGCCAUUCGCGGUUGCUGCUCCUGAGUCGGGCAUCAUCUCCACUUCCUCGUCUAUGCAAAGAGAGUUUAACAGAAAGACACCUCCUAGUGAAUGAAAUGUUGCUUUCCUUCUCUUCAUCCUCUGUUUUUUUUUUUUUUUGGCUGAUGUUGUAUAUAAUAGUGAAACAUUAUUCUUGAACUCUUCUUACUGUUCAUUGAGGUCAAAAACUAGACUCAUGACCUUUUUAUUUAACCUCGGCAGCCAAAACAGCCCGCAUCACGCUGGCAACAGCUAAGAUUGGGCCGAAGACCAAUAUGUACAACUGAACUGAUGUGGAUUUAUGUUAUGUGUUGGAACAAGAAGUAGAAACUGAGAAAAUCCAUAAAAGGUGUGCAAUUAUAAAAUAUUAAAGGACUUUAUUAUUCAAUAUUAGGCUGGAACAAAGUAUUAAGGGAUCAAAGCCUGGUCUCCACAUCCCAGCUCAGAUACUUUAAUAAGCCGAUACAGUAUGAACUUUACUGGAAUUUAAAUGAAUGAGAUUACAUAAAAUGAAACGACACAACACAGAUUUGAGAACAAAAUACAGGAAAUAAAAAUCAAAGCC